AUGGCAUUGGUGACCCAUCAGAUGCAGGGUUCUUGUGCAACAUUUCCUUCAACGCCUUUAUCUUGGAGCAAAGGGGUGAAUUCGAAGCAACGUGUAACAACACUUCAGAUUUUAGGGAGAACAGAUUUGUGUUUCUCAGUAAAACGCAAUCUUCGCUUGCGUGUAGGGGCUUUUGCACAUGGAUCCAAAGUGAAGCUUUUGAGAGUUUCAGCUUUUAAAGGCAGUGCGCAAAAUGACGAAUCAGGAGGCAGAGCAAAUGGAUCCAAAGUCUCCAAAAAAUCUGUUAAACUUUCUUAUGAGCCAAAAGAAAGUGGGGAGACCAUAAUAGACUCUUCAAAGGUGCAUUGUAUUCCAGUUUCCUAUACUUCUGAAGCAAAUGACCGAAUCGUAGGAUCUCCUGCUAUUAAUAAAUUAUUCAAGAAAUGGCUCAGCAUGUUAGGCACACAAUCACCAAGUCAAGUUGCAGAUGAGAUUCUGGAAGAAGGACCUCCUCCAAGAGAAGAAUUGCAACAAGCUCAAAAUACCACCCAAAAUAAGGAGAGAGUUGAGAUUAUGAAGUCAGUUUGGUGUCACUUCCUGAGUCUGGAUGCAACAAUAAAGAUACCCAUACUGACAUUCAUCCCUUUGUUCCUGGCCAUCAAUGUGAUACAUGGAGCUGGCGUGUCAAAGGAAUUGAUGCCUUUGUGGAUUUUGGGUCCCUUGAUUGUUGCUUUCUACAUCAAGUUACUCCAGGGCUUGUGGGCUCUCUAUGUCUUCAGCUUUAGGCAGACAGUUAAAGUUAUUAAGAAUGUACCAACCUACUAUCUCAUAGCCUCUGGCUAUAUCAGACAGGGGAAGCUCAAAGAAGACAUACAAGCUCGUGUGUUGCAACCUGUGCAGAACUUUAAGAACUUGGACCGCAAAGAGUUUUCAAGAAAAAGAUGA